GAGGCACAGAGUUUCAAAAACCAGAGACGCAACAUUGCGAGACUUCGUGGAACGUUUACCUAAAUUGCAACAUUAAAACAUCUAAACACAUUCCCAUGACUGUCAUAUAAGUUCAAAUGAACUAGUCUAUGCCUACUGUGACCAGAGACAAUAUGGGAGUGACUGAGAUGAGGUAUGGAAAGUGAAACUUAAGGAAAGGGAUAGCCUCACUUAGCCAGUCCCAUGACUGCUGAAACUCUUCACUAGGAAAGACAUCACAUCCUAGACAGAGCACAGCACACCAUGGGUGUCCAGGGAUUUCCCAGUGUUGCAGUGCUGCAGAACAGAUGCAGCCAGACACUCUGGAUCAGCCGCCAGGGUGCCCGGCAUCAGAACAUUCCAGGCAUUCCCGUGAUUGGCAGAUAGCAGGUUGAUUGACAUGUCAGACACCGCGAACACUGGGUACUGGCUCCAAGGUCAGUGCAGCUUAAGGUGUUUUUGGAGACCUUGGGUGUGCCCAGUCCACUUUGAGCGGUGUCUCACCUCAUCUGUGUCUUCCUGUGGCUGUCACCUGCUACUGGCUGAGGCAUGCCCCUCCCCCACCAGACCUGCAUAUCCUGCAGGCCCUGCUACUAGGUUUGGUGUACGGAGAGCUCUGCAGACAGAGGAAGAGCCAAAGAGAGUUCAUGGAGGGACCAGUGUUGGAGAGGGAGAGGGACAAGAGAGGGACAAGGAGUCUCAACCUGUGUGUGGCCCACGCCUACAGCCAGUGGCAGUGCUACCUGAAAGAAUGCCUUGACCUGAACCAACUGCUGUGCCUCCUGAGCCUCAGUGUGCCUGGUUUGGAUCAGAGUCAUGGAGGGGAUUAUGAUGCUUUUGAGGACCAGGUCUGCAAGUUCUUUAAGGCUCUGAGAGACUGCGACAUUGACCCCUUUGUGAUUGUAGAUGGGGGCUCCGACUACACCGACAAAAAGUUUGAAACAAAAAAAAACAGAGCUCUAUCAAGGAUCAACAGAGCGAAAAGCUUGUCCAUGGGGCUUCAGGGGAGCGGUGGUAUAUUACCAACCCUCAUCAAACAUGUCUUCAAACAGGUCCUCAUCAGCCUGAAUGUGCCGUACGCACAGUGCAUUUGUGAGGCAGACCAAGAUAUAGCCUCCCUGGCUCGAAGUUGGAACUGUCCAGUGCUGUCCAAUGACAGUGACUUUUAUAUCUUUGACAUCCAGGCAGGAUUUCUGCCCACCUCCCAUUUUCACUGGCAGAGAGUGUCUAUGCAACGCGGGAGCUCUAUAAGAUACAUUCCCUGCAAGCAGUACACCACAACAAGCUUCUGCAGACACUUCAACAUCAACAGACAGGUUCUCCCAGUCUUCGCUGCCAUGUUAGGAAACGACUACGUCAAGUUGCAUAACAUGGGUGUUUCCCUCAGGUGGGAAGAAUACACGUCAAUGGAAGGAAGGUUUGCCCGCUUCGACGGCUUGCUGAAUUGGCUGGCCCGCUUCCAUGGGCAGAAGGAUGCCUUGGACUCCGUGCUCAGGCUCAUCAGUCAUUGUAACAACAGACAGAAAACAGGUGCUGUCCUCCAUGGCCUCUCCCUGGGCAUAGAAGAGUACCAUCUUCCCCCUAGUUGCCUGGAGCGGUUCUUCAACGAUGGAGUGGGACCAGGGCCCGGCCGUCUCCCAGAGCCUCUGAGGGUCCUUCCAGACUGGACCCUGCUGCCAUUGAUGGAAGGUAGACUUCCCUCCUGCAUGGUAGACGUGCUGCUGCUGGGAAGGAUGAUGCAGGGUGCCCAGGUGGAAGAUCCCAGCUUGCCAUGUGGGAACAACACCUCUCGGUCCAUACGACAGGUACUCUACGGGCUGCUGCUGGGUGGGAGGAGGGCAGACCACAGCCGUCAGAGACCCCCAGUGGAUGAAGUGGAGGAGUAUUACAGGGAAGGCAAGAGCCUGACCAGCAGCAUGGUUGAAGCCAUCCUUCCCAGUGCUGCAGAACAUAUACAGCUAGACACUCUGCAUCAGGCUCCAAGGUUAGUGCAGCUUAAGGUGUUUUUGGAGACACUUGGUGUGUCCCAGUCCACUUUGAGCGGUGUCCCGCCUCAUCUGCGUCUUCCUGUGGCUGUCACCUGCUACUGGCUGAGGCACGCCCAUUCCCCUCCAGAACUCCCUGUCCUGCAGGCCCUGCUACUAGGAUUGGUGUAUGGAGAGCUCUGUAGAAAGAGAAAGAGCCAAAGAGGGUUUAUGGAGGGACCAGUGUUGGAGAGGCUGAGAGGGCUGAUUCAGAGAGGUAGAAGGAGCCUAGACCUGGGUGUGGCCCACGCCUACAGCCAGUGGCAGUGCUGCCUGAAAGAAAGCCUUCACCUCAACCAACUGCUGUGCUUCCCUCUAGACGAGCCUCAGUGUGCCUGGCUGUACAAGGGCACUCUGGUGCACCAGCUUGUGACCAAACUGAGAGGGGGGUUAACCCCGGAUUCUCUCCUGAUGGGAGACCUUGGCUCUGGACAGCUGUAUAGGGCCAUGCUGGGAGCCAUACUCAACUCCCAUGAUUCUCAUGAGGCAGCUGUCAUCCCAUUUGUGUCUGGGCUGCAGAGGGCCACACCUCCAUCCUUGACACAGCCACUGGACGAUCUGACGGCCCAUCUACACAUUCUGGCUCUGGAAUAUGAUGAUGAUGAUGGUGCUGGAGGUGGGAGCAAGGCCAAGUCAGAGGACGAUCUGGGUUGGACUUUGGUCUCAGUGCGGACCCGGCACAAGAGCAAGGACAGAUUCAACCGAGCUAGGAAUCCAGAAUUCUCCCGGAAGCAGGGGCGGAUCGGCUGGGAAUAGGGAGGGACCAUUAUAUAACGGUUUAGAUAUAUAGACGUUCUGCUCAACUCUUCAAUGUUUUUAUUGUUCUUGUGUGUACCUAUUAUGACUUAAUUUACAUUUUAUUAGCAUGAACUAUAAUAGAAGUUAUGAUAAGUUUGACUUUAUUUAAUAUGUUUUUAUUUCUUUGCUCUCUACUGUAAAAACUUAUUUUGGUCUUUGAAAAUAGCUCUAUAAAUCCCAUUUAUUGUUACGAUUAUAUUACUGCUGCUCUUGAAAUAUUUUAUCAUCAAAAUGAAAAAUAACAUUUAAACCAGCUAUUCUUGAGAAUGAUUGGCUAUACACACUAAAGUAUAUCUCUGCUUUGACAGUAUAUUUUAAAUUAAAUUCUUAUUC